ACAUGGCAGAGCCGAUCCAACAGCUGACCAGAAAUAACCAACAGCAGGAAAGGGAGACCGUGCCCUUUACGAUACUGCAGCGCAAGGAAAAGAACGGCGCGGUACUAUAUGAAAAACGACAGUAUAAGAAAGCUAAGUGGGCUUGUAUCAGAAUGCAAGAGAAGCAAUAUGAGCAGAGUAUAUGUUUAGGAUUCAUGAAGCUUAUGAAAUACAUCUGUGAGCAAAAUUCUUCAGGGCUGUAUUUAGGAAUGACCGUCCCCGUCGUGACUCUCGUUCACACCGACGAAGCUCAGUCGGACGUGCGGCGUUCAGUGACGGUAGCGUACCACCUGCCUGAACGCCUUCAGGAGCUGCCUCCACGACCCCACGAUGUGGACGUAGUCAUCGAGGAAUGGUCGGCCAUGACUGUCUACGCCAGGGCAUUUGGCGGGCCCACCAACGAAGAGUCUAUUGUGAGAGAAAUCAGCUUGUUAGCGGAACUCCUGGAGAAUCCUGAAUUGUAUCUACCGGACACAUUUAUCGUUGCGGUAUAUACCAACCCUGCCGCCGCCAAUCGACACAACGAAAUAUGGUUCAUUCAGAGGCCGUAGGCCCUGCCAUGAUUCCGUCCUUCCAGAUCUUCUAAGUCCGCUUACACCGUGGCACCCGGUUUUUUGAGGAAGUACGUGAACUCGAUAUUAAGUACUUGAGCCGAAAGUGCGAUUUCGUGCGUCGUCAUUUGGAGACCUCAUGAAAUUUAUAAAAAUGUUUCUCCAAAACCUGAAUGACAAGCACACCCCAAAUUCCGCCACCUUGGAGAUGAAGGUUGACUGCCAAUUUUGAAAUUAAAAAAACUACAUUUUAGAUAGUAUGUAAAUCCUGUAAGGUCUCUAACUUUCCCUGAAGGGUUUUCUAAUGUCCUUCGCUGAUGAUAGUUUUUAAAUCAGAGAUCUUCAAAACCAAAAAGAUGCCAAAGAGGCCCCAGGUUAACAUUUACUUGAAAAAUCAGGGAAAAUAAAUGACGGGAUGAGCGUUCUGCUCAACUCCCUCUUCCUGGGCUUACGUCCCAUAAUUCUCAACUGAAAAAUGAGAUUCACCCUUGAACCGACGACUUUCUUCCCUAUUGACAUGCGCACGAUUAAGAUGUCACACAACUUCACAAGGGACUUGAAAAUGAAAACCACCAAACGCUGUCGGUCCACUUGCACGCAUCAUAACCGCGACAAGAACUCGAAGGCUGAACCUGAACGCGCGACACAGUGUAAACGUAGCUGUUGCUGGAUGCUUCAUUCUAAGGGAUCGUUCUCCCAGUGCUGUUCAUUAAUCAGCCCUCGAGACCACGCGACCCAACCUUUGGCUUCGUCUGGGUAGCGGAGACCCGUUCUGAAUCUGUUUCGAUGAUACGGACCCUUCCUUGCGCUCCAUCUACCACGUCCAAGAGCUGGCGACAUCGCGCGGAUAAAUGUAUGCUACAGCGAUUAGUCCCACGUUUGAGGAACCUCCAUAGCGCGGUCUGGAUUUCAGGAUUGCAGGCUGGUAAAAGCCAAAGACAGCCACCUGCCAAACUGGUGACUAGGGACCCGUGGGAUGGCGGAGGUGAAGGAGGUAGCCCCUGCCUACAAGCCAGGCGGCGGGCCAGCAGUCGAGAUCCUGUGAAGAAUGAACCCCUUGCUAAAUCCCUCUUGACCCCCGGACUUCAGUGGGUAUUCGAUCCUGCCCACAGCGCAGGCUUAAUAAAUACUAUUCUGCUAGAA